UAAGCACAAUAAGCUUCUGCCUCCCCUUACCUCUCGCUUUUGAAAAUCUCUUUUCUUGCCUCUCAAUUCUCAGUCUUUAAAUUUUUGAAAGUGUUAUGCUCUAAGGAACACUUUCCGUGUGGAUUGAACAAGUUUGUGUGUUUCCGCGUCCCUAUCUAACCAAAACCCUCCUCUAUUUCUUCAUCGAUUUCUCUAUCAAUUGCUUUCCAUUCUCCAAUCCCUUUCUGGGUCUUCUUCCUUUCUCACUUUUCUCAAAACCCUUUUGAAAUCUUCCAACAUUUCUCUCAAUUUCCCUCCAAACCCCUUUCGAUUCAACACCUAUGGGAGCCCACAUCACCAAAAGGGCUUACAAAACAGAGCUGAGUUCGUAUGUGGCGGCUUGUAAGGCCGAUGCGGAUCUACAAUCGUUCGAUUCCAUGCUCCAAUCUCGAACCCAUCAAGCCAUCAACACAAUCGCCGUUGGCAUUGAGGUUAGAGCGCUUUCCUUUGAUUCUCUUAAAGAAAUUACAGAGUGUUUGUUGGAAAUGAAUCAAGAAGUUGUGAAAGUAAUUUUGGGUUGCAAGAAAGAUAUAUGGAAGAAUCAUGAGUUGUUUGAAUUGGUUGAGGAGUAUUUUGAGAAUAGUUUGCAGUCUUUGGAUUUCUGUACUGAGCUAGAGAAGUGUUUGAAAAGAGCUCGUGAUAGCCAUCUUCUUGUUUCAAUGGCGAUUCAACACUUUGAGGGUGGAAAUGGAUAUGUCAAAACUCUACAAGAGUUGAAGAAUUUCAAGGCUGUUGGUGAGCCUUUUACAGAUGAGUUCUUCCAAAUAUUCAACUCUGUUUUUAGACAACAAAUUGGAUUGCUUGAGAAACUGCAAAUUAGGAAGAACAAGCUUGACAAGAAGCUCAAGUCAUUGAGUACAUGGAGGAAGGUGUCUAGUAUAAUCUUUGUAGCCACUUUUGCCACCGUGUUGAUAUGCUCAAUUGUGGCAGCUGCGGUGGCUGCUCCACCGGUUGCAGCGGCGAUGGCAGCAGCUUCGUCGAUUCCAGUGGGGUCGAUGGGGAAAUGGAUCGACUCGCUAUGGAAGAACUACGAGGCGGCAUUGAAGGGGCAAAAGGAGGUGAUGAGCUCAAUGCAAGUGGGAACAUAUGUAGCCAUUAAAGACAUGGAGAACAUAAGAGUGCUUAUUGAGAAGCUGAGAGUGGAGAUGGAAUCAGUGUUUGAGAAAGCAGGUUUUGUGAUGGAAGAGGAGGAAGCUGGCGUGAAGCUUGGGGUGGAGGAGAUGAAGAAGACAUUGGGGAAGUUCAUGAAGAAUUUGGAGGACUUGGGGGUACAGGCUGAUACCUGCAGCAGAGACAUCAGAAGGGCUAGGACAGUGGUUUUACAAAGGAUCAUAACACAUCCUAUGUAACUAUUUCAUAUUUUGAUCGUGUGUUGUUGUGCGAUCCUGGUACCAGAGCUAAGCAAAGAUUCACCACGAUCUGUAAAGAUGAAAAGUUCAAAGAUUGGAAUUGAGAAGUUCGAUGGAUUUGAUUUUGGUUUUUGAAAGAUGUGGAUUGAAGAUUAUCUGUACUAGAAAGAUCUUCACGAACCCCUGUCGAGGAUGAAGCUGGAUACACUAUGGAGAAGACACUGUCCAGAAAUGUGGCAUUCAACGUCGUCAAGGAGAAGACAACAUUGAAUUUAUUGAAGGUGUUGUAGAAUAUAUAAAAACUAGAGAGAAAGUAGAAUUGCAAAUCUAGAGAUGAUAAUGAUUUUGUAAAUUCAACCAAAGAUGAUGCUUUAAUUCCUAGUGUGGAC